UGUUAAGCCCGUAAAUAUUUUCUCAAAGGAUAGGAGUUAUAUGGCAUGAUUUUUAGGUGAAAGCCAUAAAAUGAAAAAAUACAAGGGGUGUUUGUGCCAAAUUGAUUUACCCCUAACUUAUAAAGACAAUCAGUGUAAAUUACCAAUUUGCCCACAAGCCUCCGGCGGCUUUAAAUGGCACCUUCACCAUCACCAUCACCGCAGAUCCUCCACAGCUUCCCGUUUUACAGGGAAAUUUGAAAACAGUUUUUCAAUUUCUUACCUCCACCGGAGCAGGGAGAUGGCGGCGGCACCGACGGCGAAGAUUCGCCGAUCGCGAUUCGUGAUCGAACCAGAAGAAGCAGAACAGAUGCGCAAGGAGAAGGGCCUUGAAACUCUCCGAGACCUCCUUCCCGCUCUCCUUCCGGCCGCCCGGCAGCUAGCUCGGCCACCGAUCUCCAAAUUCCAUGUCGGCGCCGCCGCCCUUGGAAGCUCCGGCCGGAUCUACCUCGGUGCCAACAUCGAGUUCCCCGGCGUCCCUCUUCACCAGACCAUCCACGCCGAGCAAUUCCUCAUCACCAACGCCGCCUUACACUCCGAAACCUCGAUCCCCUUCAUCGCCAUCUCCGAGUUACCUUGCGGUCACUGUCGCCAGUUCUUCCAGGAGAUCCGAUCGGCCUCUCAGAUCCAGAUACUGGUAACAGGUGAUUUCCGCCCGCUUUCCGAUUUCUUACCUAACCCUUUCGGUCCUUCCGAUCUGCUUCAUGAAGAAGUUCCCCUGCUUCUCGAACCCCAUUUCAACGAUCUGAUCGAGGAGGUUGGGGAGUUUGGUGGGGAAUUGGAGGAGCGGCUGAGGAAGGCGGCUUUGCAGGCCGCUAGGGCAUCGCAUGCGCCGUACAGCGGAAGCGUGUCGGGCUUCGCGAUGGCGGAUGGAGAGGGAAAGGUGUAUGCGGGAUCGUAUACGGAAUCGGCGGCUUAUAAUCCGAGUCUGGGACCUGUUCAGGCGGCGUUUGUGGCUUACGUGGUCGCCGGAGGGGGCGGGGGGGUGGGGGGGGGGGGGGGGGCUCUGGGGGGGGGAUAG